GUUCCUUCCAUCCUAGUUGCAGUUCCUUGUCCGCAGAAGCCAGUAAAGUCAAGCAAUGAGUACAUCAGAGCAGAAGAAGAUAUUUGUUACUAGGAGAAUACCCCCAGAAGGCCAGAAACUCCUGUCUCAGGCUGACAGGUAGGGACCACUGGCUGUAUGUGGUUAUGAAGUCAGUCCUCUGUGGAAACGUUUUGCCAGCACGGUACCUAGCUCUCAUUAUAUCUGAUAUGGUUGCCAUAUACAUUGACCUCUUGCACACAUGCCAUCCCAUGAAAAGUGAUGCCCUUCAGUAUGUAGAAUGUAUAUGGUGCAGAGAAAUAGAUCUAUUGUUUUAGAUUCCAUAUGCUAAUCACUAGAUCUAUAGCUCUAGUCUUCCAUAUUACUGGGACAUCUUGUCAUAUAAAGCUAAUCAAUGUAAUUCCUGCUUAAUUAAGCCAUUUUUGGGUUGUAGAUAAUGCCCCUGCAGUCUCACUGCUCAGUUCUCUGCUGUUUGAGUGCAUCACUUUGUUUAUGCAACCCUAGCCACUUUCCUAAACACUUCCUGUAAAGUGUCAUCUAAUGUUUACACUACCUUUUUAUUGUAAAUUCUUUUUAAUUUAGAAUUUAUCUCCUGCUUUAAUAGCUCACAGGGGCCUCCUGUGUGUGACUAAAGGUGAAUUUACAGAGACAAACUUCUAAAGUUAAGACCCUGUGCUGUCAAAUUUCACUGAAAUUGAAGUAUGUAUAUUUAAAGGGUCUCUGAUCUCCCUUCCACUCCUUGAAGGCCCACAGCAGGGUCGGGACUUUAAUAGCAUCAGCCGGCAGGGGAGAUCUUUGACCACGAUUUUCACUAGGGGGCAAUUGCUUGUGGCCUUGAAGAGAAGCAGACAAAGGAAGAUGGCAGUGCCCAAUAGGGACAAGUUCAGGUAAAUCACACAUUUACCUCCUGCCACUGGACCCCCAGCAGCAAUGUCACCAUUUAGGGGGGUCUCUAUAUGAAUUCAGAAACUCCCCCUAUGGUGACAGUACUGCUUUAAUAGGAUGAAAGUAGGAAGAGGCUGUAUUUUAAGAGUGAAACUGUCUGUAUUUGAAGAAUCUUCUGUCUGCAAACCUUAUUUUUCCUUUUCUUCGUUCUAGCUACAAUGUCCAGCAGUGGGAUUCAGAUGAGCAAAUACCAAGAGAUGAGCUGAUUAAAGGAGUUGUUGGGGCUCAUGGAUUACUUUGUCUCUUGACUGACAAUAUUGACAAAGAAGUCUUGAAUGCUGCUGGUAUGGAGAUCUCCUGCAUACUCCAAUAAGUCCUACAACAUCUACCCUAUGCUAUGUUGUCCUUUUACCAUUCAAGUGUCUUUUUUUUGUAACAUGUAUGCAUGGAUUUUAAAGGGUUGAAGGAACUCAAAGCACCAUAACUGCAGCAGUUGGCUUAUGAGAGUAAAGGGACACUCCAGGCACCCAGACCACUUCUGCCCACUUCUCCCACUACUCUUAACCCUGCAAGUGUAAUUAUUGAUUUUUUUUUUUUUAACUGCAAUAAUUACCUUGCAGGGUUAACUCCACCUCGUGGCUGUCUACUAGAAAACCUGUGCUAGUGUUGCUGGACGUCCUCACGCUGUGUGAGAACCUCCAGCAUUGCUCAAUUCCCCAUAGGAAAGCAUUGAAAAAGCAUGCGCAUUAGGUCUCCCCAGCCAGUGGGCGGGAUCAGUCUCGCCCACCGGGCCGACGUAAUACGGAGGAGGAGGAGCGGAGGAAGAAGCAGCAUGGGACAUGUUGCUGCCUCUGGUAAGUCACUGGGUUUUCACUCAUUCAGCAACUGGGGAUUGGGGGGUGGGAAGGGGAGGGGACCUGCAGUGCAAGGAAAACUAUUUUCCUGGCGUUUCCCUUUAAGCAUGAGCUUCAACAUCACUGAUGUAAUGGGGGCAGGGGCCAGCACCUGGUGGACACUAGCUAAGAAGUUAAACUGUUCUACAAUGGUUUUUAAAAAGGGACACUGCAUGCCACUGUAGUGGUUAUGGUUCUCGGCAUCUUUCUUCAAGAAUACAGGAACAAGUGACACUGCCGAAAUUAAUGGUCUAAAUUGGGGUUAAACUAGAGAUGAAGAUGUAAUAUAUAUCUUUGAACCCCAUGAUUUGUGAUACACCACUUAACUUAAAUGAAAACUCUUUAUUUCUAUGCUUGGUAGCACAAAGGUUUUAUAGACUCUGACUUGUCAAUCACUUCCUCAGCAUACUGGGCAAUGUCAACAGCGCAGCAUGUAUGCAGUUUUCCCAUUUGCUGUGAUGGCAACUUGAUUGGACUGCAGUAUUUCUCGGAGCUAACCCCACUCUUUUUUUUUUAAUAUAGAAGUAUAUAAAUGGAGUGACAGAUGUUGGUCCACUCUGGUUCACUGCAGUCCUAGAGAUUCACUGUAUUCAAUAUAUUUGGCGUGGAGGCAUUCACUGGAUGUCUUGUGGUUUGUUUUUUUUUUGGUGUAGGUCUUUAUUGGUGAAAGCCAGGGUUUUAGUCUGGCCUAAUGACAAUGCUCCCUUGAACUCUAUGAAUGUUGCUACCAGACAUUAAUUUCUUAAUGGGUGGGCAAGUGUUGUGGACAAUAUGGGGAAUUGUAUGACCUUAAUUCCUCUCUUGUUGCUAUUGACAGGCCCUAACCUCAAAGUUGUGAGCACGCUGUCUGUUGGCUUUGACCACUUGUGUGUAGAAGAAAUAAAAAAGCGGUAUGUAUUCUUUAAAGGAUCUAAUUGUCAGAUCAAUAAAAAAGUACUCUAAUUCAUAGAGCACUUAAACUUGGCAACAUGUAAGUUAAUACGUGUUGUGCUGAAAUUUUUUUUUUCAGCAUGCACGAACAGGCUUAAAGGACCACUAUAGUGCCCUGAGGGUGCUCCCACCCUCAGGGACACCCUCCCGCCCGGCUCUGGAAGGGGGAAAAGGGUAAAAACUUACCUUUUUCCAGCGCUGGGCGGAGAGCUCUCCUCCUCCGAUCCUCUUCUCCGCCCCGUCAGCUGAAUGCGCACGCGCGGCAAGAGCUGCGCACGCAUUCAGCCGGUCACAUAAGAAAGCAUUCAUAAUGCUUUCCUAUGGAUGCUGGCGUGCUCUCACUGUGAAAAUCGGUGAGAAGCACGCAAGCGCCUCUAGCGGCUGUCAAUGAGACAGCCACUAGAGGGAAUAGGGGGAGGCUUAACCCAUUCAUAAACAUAGCACUUUCUCUGAAACUGCUGUUUAUGGAAAAAAUGGGUUAACCCUAGCUGGACCUGGCACCCAGACCACUUCAUUAAGCUGAAGUGGUCUGGGUACCUAGAGUGGUCCUUUAACAGGUUCUCCACUCAUAAUAUUUACAUACACGUUAACCAACUCUGGCCUUGAAUGUAUAACUGACUUUCUUUUUAUUUUUUAUUUUUUUGUAAAUGGUACUGCAAGGAAUAGGGGAGCGCUUUUUAAUUUUUUUGGUUUGAGUUGGUCUGAUUUAAUGAAAUUAGAUCACUCUGAAGUGUGGUGUGUGGGUUUUAUUUUUUUUUACGAAAAAUACUUGCAACACUAAAGAUGUCCAUAGUAUAUGGGAUCUAAAAGUUUUGGGUUUUUUUGUUUGUCACAAACACUGGCCAAAAUUGGCAUUUUUCACACACAAACAAUAUUAACACUAACUUUGGCCAGUGUUUGUGACCAAAUGGCUACUAAAAAGACUGGUCAUACCCCAUUUGCAAUACCUUCGGUUGUCUUCUUAAGCAAAUGGUAUGCUAUCAUAGGGGUAACUUUCAUUCUUGGGCUACCAUAGGGUCUCAAACGCAACAUAACCAAUCUGGCGAAUUUUAAUGUGGGGGGAAAAAACUGAAACACAAGCAUUAUAUUUGACGCUGUAACCUUUGAAAACACCAUAAAACCUGUAUGUGAGUGGUACUGUUGUACUCGGGAGACUUCACUGAACACAAAUAUUAGUGUUUCAAAACAGUAAAAAGUAUCACAGCAAUAAUAUAGUCCGUGUGUGUGCUAUUUGUGUGUGAAAAAUGCAAGAGUCACCUUUGCUGGCAAUAUCAUUGUAAUACAUUUUACUGUUUUGAAACACUAAUAUUUGUGUUCAGCGAAGUCUCCCGAGUAGAACAGUACCCCCCAUGUACAGGUUUUAUGGUGUCUUGGAAAGUUACAGGGUUAAAUAUUGUGCUAGCAAAUUAAAUUCCCUAUACUUUUGGCAUGGGUUGUCAGGCAAGUCCCGCUAAAUGUAAUUAAAAUACCUAAGUAUGUAAAAAUAUUACAUAAAUAUAUGUAGAACUAAUGUGUGUAUCUAUAGUUAAUUUUUAAUUUAACAUUUUUUAUAUUAUAUAUUUAAUCAGUAUUGGUCUACAUGUAACUUGAUAUUAAUGUAUAAUUAUAUAUAGUGUGUCCGCGACUGGGUAAGGUAAAAAAAUACGGAGGGUGAACUAUUAUGCCCUGCGGUGUUUAGAGCCGCUUAGAAUACAGCGUAAUAGUACGCCCUCCAUUUUUAAUGGGUUAAAGGGACAUUAGUCACCAGAACUACAGCUGAGCUUAAUGUAGUUCUGGUGAGUAUAAUCACUGCCUCUAGGCAUUUUCAUUCAAACACUGCAUUUUCAGAGAAGGCAGUGUUUACAUUGCCCCUAGGGACACCUCCAAGUGGCCAGUCCUCAGAUGACCACUAGAGGGGCUUCCUGGUUCAGUGCUGUUCAGCGUCUCCACAAUCUGCAUGGGGACGCUGAAUGAGAAGGGGCUGACUGGCCAAAAUGGCAUCUGGCCCCACCCCUAGCAACUUUGGCCAAUCCAAUGAUUUCCCCAUGGUGAAAACAUUGGAUUGGCUAAAAUCUGCAAUUCUGAUGUCACCAAGGGGGUGGGGCCCAGUAGACCUGCUCAUUGCUGGAAUUAAGGAGUUUUGCACUGUAAGGUCAGAAUAAAUGUCUGUGUUCCUUAAGUCUGGAUACACUGCCUAUUGGUCAGCAAAGCAUACCCUUGGUUAGUUAUCAACUUUAAACACUCUCUAAGGUCAGCAUUGGGGUGGUCUUAUAUAUUCUUUUUUUUUUUUUAUCUCCAAAGAGGACUGUCAAAUUCAAUUGAGGAAAGAAAUAUACUCACUAAAGUAAAUGUACUUCUGAGACAUGUGGUGUCUAGUUUAAAACAAAGUGACGUUUAUGUAUUUUGUAGAGGAAUCCGUGUGAGCAACACACCAAAUGUUUCGACUGAAGCUACAGCAGAGCUUACGGUAGCAUUGCUGUUGACUACUUGCCGCCGUCUGCCAGAAGCAAGAGAGGAGGUUAAAAAGUGAGUAAUCAAAUUUGGAAUGUGUAGAAUACUCCUAACUACUAUGCAUGAAUGUAGGAAAUCUUAUACUACUUGUUACAAACCUACUGCUACUUUCCAUUCCAAACCUCUUCCCAAUACACGCAAUCUGCUUAAUAUACAAAAUACUGAAUAAUUGCACACCAUACCAUGUGUUUACAUAAUCUGGUAGGGACUGGGGGCACCUGAGACCACUUCAUACAGUAUCAUAGAUCCUGCUGUCCAACCUUGUCUGAGACCAAAUUCUGGGGUGUGCCAGCCUGCAUGCAGGGUGGUGUCAGCAGUGUAACUGUUGCACCAGGCAGCAUAACCAGCUAACCUGGCAUGCAUAGUCUUGGGAGCUGCCAAACAGGCAGCAUAUAAGCUGAGCGGGCUACAUUCUUUGCCAUUGCACUGGCAAGUUAAAUGGGUGGAGGAAAGAGGGCUUAGCUUAGAGCUAUAUACAUCUGGUAAGUGUAAACCUGCAAAUAAGGGUAACUUCCACUGGCUUUCAUAAGACUAGCAGAGCUGCCCCAGAAUGACCUGUAGCAAGAAGAUACUGUUCCAGAACUGCGUCUCAUUAGAUUGUACUACGACAAAUUCAGCUACAUGUAACCACCCAUUAUAAACAUAUUUCGAUGGCAAUUUUAUAAACUGGAUUGCAAUGGAAAAGUAAAUCUACAAACACAUGCUUUAGACACACUGAUCCCUACAAAUAUCAAUUAGUCUUAAAUACACAUUAAAGGACCACUCUAGGCACCCAGACCACUUCAGCUUAAUGAAGUGGUCUGGGUGCCUAGUCCAGCUAGGUUUAACCCUUUUUUUUUCAUAAACAUAGCAGUUUCAGAGAAACUGCUAUGUUUAUCAAUGGGUUAAGCCUUCCCCUAUUUCCUCUAGUGGCUCUCAUUGACAGCCGCUAGAGGCACUUGCUUGAUUCUCACUGUGAAAAUCAGUGAGAGCACGCCAGCGUCCAUAGGAAAGCAUUAUGAACCUUUCCUAUGUGACCGGCUGAAUGCGCGCAGCUCUUGCCGCGCGUGCGCAUUCAGCCGACAGGGCGGAUCGGAGGAGAGCUCUCCGCCCAGCUCUGGAAAAAGGUAAGUUUAAACCCCUUUCCCCCUUCCAGAGCCGGGCGGGAGGGGGACCCUGAGGGUGGGGGCACCCUCAGGGCACUAUAGUGCCAGGAAAAUGAGUGUUUCCUGGCACUAUAGUGGUCCUUUAAGGAACCGCGCACACAGUUCUAAAUUUUUAAGUUUCCUAUUUUGUCAGAUUACAAUGGGGAUGAAGUUUCACUAUAGGGCCAUAUUGUGUCAAGCCCACUUGUCACAGUAAACAAUAUCUGUGGGUCCUACACUAGAGGUGGGAAAUGGUAACAUCUGGUCCAGCAACAGAUAGAAAGUCCUCCUUGCAGCCCUAGCUUCCACAGAAGGUCAGCUGGGGGAAGACAUGGUCAACACAGGUGAGAGCUGUGACAUUAAUGGCUGCAUGUGCUGGCACACCAGUGAUACAGCUGAAGGUAGUUACACCUGUCAGCCAGAGAUUGCAUUUCUGUAUGUGCAACAUUGAGCUAAAACCGAUUUCCAGACUCUGACUUAGAUCAGUAAAUUGGUCCUGGUGCUUGGUUUAAUCUAAUUAAAAUAUCUUCUUCCCCAUCCUGAUAUUUUCCUCUAUUUAGUUUGAUUUGUCCAGAAAAUGCUGCUUGUUCUAUAAUGCAUAAUUAGGGAUUACUCUGCUUUACAGUGAACGAAUAAGGAGGCUACAUAUUUGCUUAUCUUUACUGUAACUCCCAGCAGCAAAGAAAUAUUUAACAAGGUUGUAAAAAAAUUCAACCAAUCAUAACAAAUCAUAGAAUAUAGUGCCGCCAGACUCCUCCCACUUCCUUUCUUGGUGGUGCCCAUCAGUAGCAGAAUCAACCCUGGAAACAUUCCGAGGCUUUAACUUGUAGUGAAGUCAACCAUGUAAAUGUGUAGUCGAGCGGAAUAAGCUGAAAUUUUCACACUAGAAGAGACUUCGUGAAAGUAUGGUCUCUUGGACGAGGGGAAAAAACAUAAGUACGCACUCUAAAAUGAUAGCUCAGAUUAUCUGGUAGGAUUCUAAAAGGCAUAUCAGUACAAUGUGAUGUAGGAUUAUAGUUUACUAGGCUAACAAAUCGCAUACCUGCAAAUCAAAUUGCAAGAGUGUACAAUGCAAUAACCAUGGACCAGGAGACUUACCCUGAGGGUGGGUUCCAGAGUGAACGAAGGGAGGGAAAUAUUCACCUCCUGUCUUUAAUAAAAUUUAGAUUAUUCGUUUACUGUAAACUAGAAUAAUCCCUAAUUUUUAUGGCAAGACAGGAGGCUUCAUAUUUGCUGUUUUUAACACUCUUGAAUAAAGGAACAAGCCGCACGUGGUGUUGGUUUAAAAUAAAAAGUGCGACAGGUAGAUUCCCUUAACCAAUCUGCGGAGGAUAAAAUAUCUGCCUGCGCGAAAGGCAGAGGAUGCGGCCACUCCCCUAACGGAGUGAGCUCCGAAUGAUCUAUCAAUUCCUGCUUGGGUAAGUAACCAUUUUAUCCAGCGUGCAAUGGUGGGGGAGGAGACCGGUUUGUGAGGUCUAACAUAAGAGACAAAGAGGUCCGGUAGGGGAACGUAGAGAGAUUGUGUAGCCCUGUGUACCCGUUGUUACAUUGAGUACACUGAAAGACGGUGUGUCGGGAAGUAUGGAUAAAAGACUGACUAUGAAUUUGUCUUAGUGCGUCUAGUAAUGGUAAAUCUGACACCGUCUGGUGUGAAGGUCACAGCAUGAGUCAAAGGCUUGAACGUCUGAAACUCUGCGGAAGGACACCAGACACAGUAGCAGGGCCAACUUCGCAGAGUUGGCGUAGGGAUAAGGCCUUGUUUGGUGGCCAGGAAUCCAACAGUGAAAACCUGAGAAAUAUCCGAGAACUUAGAGUAUUUGGCAGAAGGUGGCCUCGUCAAACAAAUGCCCUGUAAAAGUCUGCACACGGAAGGGUGUUUCCCAACCAAGGAAUUAUCAAGUGUCAUGGGCUGCCGCAAUGGCGGAGCAAAAAAUAUUAAUCGAUCGGUAUGAUUUACCCUGAUAGAAAAGAGAAGUUUAGAAUGGAUGAAAGAGCUGCUGAAACGGAAUUGAGAUCCCUCUUCAGACACCAGCUGACCCAAAUCCGCCAUGCGGAGAGAGGUUCGUCUGGUUCCUGGAGCCCACGAAUCCCACAGGAGUGUUUGAGCAGUGCAUGAAAAUCCUACGACAUGCCAAGCUCCCCUGAAACUGUCCAGGCUACCAGUUGAAGAUGCCCCUGUAGGGCGAGUGGGUGGUAAGCGCCCGUUGGGUUCCUGAGGACCCGAAAGGAGCGAGGUAGUAGGAUGGGGUAGUCUAUUGAUGGUUCCAGGAGGGUGGGGAACCACGUCUGGGCCCUCCAUAGAGGAGUAACUAUCACAAUCUUGACCCCUUGCGCCUUGACCCAGUGGAGGGUCCGUUGAAUCAUCGAGAAAGGAGGGAAAGCAUAGGCUCCACUCUGCGGCCAAGGUUGGAGAAAAGCGUUGACUGCCAGAGAUGGAGGGUCUGGGAGCCAUCUGAAGUAGUCUGUCUGACGAUUCAGCUGAGACACGAAGAGGUCGAGUGUGAGGGGGCCCCCGUAAUAGCUGAAUGUGGUGGAAAAUUAAGGGGUCUAAUUGCCAAUCGCUGGCAUCUCUCCAGUGACGUGAAAACCAGUCCGCGACUAAGUUGUCGGGUCCUGGGAGAUAUUCUGCCCGAAUGGACAGAUUCCUGUCUAGGCAGAAUUGGUACAGGUCCUUGGUGAGAUCGGACAGAAGUUUGGAUUUGGAACCUCAGUUGGUUUACAUACUGUACCACGGAGAUGUUGUCCCUCCGUAGUACCAGGGAACAGUUGGAGGCGUCCUUGGCAAAGCUGCGGCUCGCAAAGGAUCUAGCAAUGAGCUCGAGACAACUUAUGUGGAGCGCCUGGUCUGAUGGGGACCAGAGACCCCUGUGAAUGUUUGGGCGCAUGUAGCACCCCAACCCAAGAGGCUGGCAUUGGAUUCCAGAAUAAAAUCUGGUUGAGUUCCACAGAUCGCUUUCCCAUUCCAGGCUUCCAUAUUGCAAAGCCACCAGUGGAGUUCGAUGAGAACUUCGUCUGUCAGGGAUAUGAAUUGAUCGUAAGAGGUUGCGCGAUGCAAGUAGGAUGUUUUCAACCGUUGCAUUGCUCUGUAGUGUAAAGGCCCGGGAAAAAUAACUUGAAUUGAUGCGGACAGGAGACCCAGAAUAUGUGCAAGGUCGCGGAGCAGAGGUCGUUGUGAAGUGAGUAAAUUUUUUUUUUAUUUUUUUUUAUUUUGGGGUAGGGUAGUUGCAGGGUUGCCUGAAUUGAAUCUAUUUGAAAACCCAGAAACUGCACUGAGAGGGUUCCAGAUCUGAUUUCUCAAAACCUUAUAACAACCAAGGUUUUGAAGGAGGGCAGAGGUCAUGUUCAUGUGUUUGUGAAGUAGCUGUUGGUCUUGGGCCAUAAUCAGGAUAUCGUCUAGAUAUAUGACAGAACGUAUUCCCUGAGAACAGAGUAGCGCCAUGACCGGCUUCAUUAACUUGGUGAAACACCAAGGGGCGGAGCAAAGUCCAAAAGGGAGGCAGUUGCACUGCCAAAUUUCGCCUUGCCAUAGAAAUUGAAGGAAGGCACGAUGACUUGGUGCGACUGGGACCGUCAGGUAGGCAUCCCUGAGGUCGAAUCUGGAGAACCAGUCUACCAUGCAGAGCAGGUCCCUGAGAAGAUGACAGUAUGUUAUAAAAUGAUUCAGUGCUUUGAGAUUGAUAAUAGGACGGCGGUCCCCCAUCUUUUUCCGUACAAGAAAAAUGUUGCUGAGGCAAGUGUAAGGGAAAGGCGAAAGUUCAAUCGCCCCUUUGUCUAGUAGUUUGUGUAACUCUGAAUUUAAGGUUAGUGUCUGUUUUUGACAUCUCUAAAGGUGUCAGUUUUGAAUGGGAUGUGUGAAGAAAUCUAUUUUGAAACCUUUGACUGUAUGAAGGAUCCAGUGAUCCUGAGAAAGUUUCCACUGUUGGAAAAUGUUAAUCGACCUGCGAUUGGUACAUGUUUUAAAUAAGCAAGGUCCAUUACCUGAAGCAAUGCGUCCGCGCAGGGAUGCAAAGCCACGUCCUCGAAUAGAGCCUCUGGUGCUGAAUAGUUGUCUGUGGUAAGGUCGUGUGGAUCCUGCGGACCAAUAGUCUGUGGGUCGGGGCCUGUAGCCUGCAAAGGCUGCUCUACUGGUAGCUCUGCCCCUGUAAAACCCUACGUAAUGAGGACUGGGCUUUGAGUGUGGUAAAGACCAAGACAUGCUUGGAGAGGUCUCGCAUGAAACUGUCACCGAAUAGUAGACCAUCGGCUUCUGGGCUCAGUUCCUUAGAACUAAAGUCUACCAAUUUGGCAUGAAUUUUAUAACUUUCCAUCUAUCGAAAUAGCACAUUGGCGUUGCCCAAUAGGCAUAGAGCUCUCUGAGCCUAUUCUCUGAUGUGCGGGUCAAGUUCACCGCUAGUGAGUGCCUCAUCUGCUAAUAUAAAUACCUGAAUUAUAGGACUUGAAAUGUCAAGAAGUUUGUCUUGGGCCGCUUUCAACCCCUGGUCAAUACCCUUGCAAGGGUCUUUGCCAGAUUUAGUUAAGUAGGUGACAAGAAUGGGGUCGAACUCAGGGGUAGAGGCAACUUUGCCCGGAAUAGUUGGUCUUGGGCAUUCAGCCCUCAGUUUAUUUCUUUUUCGAGGGGCUUGCGAAGCCACAUUUAGCAGAAACUGGCAAUAUGGUCCGGAGGGACCCAUUCUGCAGAGCGCAGGUGACGAAUCACCCUUGGGUCAAAAGGGAGGCCAGAGGCAUCCAGCAGUGUCGGAGUCAGGCACUUUAGAUGGAAGGGUACUCUUGGAAUCCUGACCAGGAAAGGUUUCUUUAACGAACUCUGACGUUGGUGAAUCCUGGAGCACAUUCACCAUGGGAUCCUCAUCAGAGUAGUUGGGGUCAUAAUCACUUAAAAAAUGGCUGGCUAAACGAGAAGUAGAACCCUCCAGAGGGUCUGGAUCCUGCAUAAUGUAUGGUUGGGAGUGUUUAUUAAUCUUUGCAGGAGCUUUGCCCGCAGUAGAGCUAUUCCCUUUCCAGGGUCUUUUGCGCGGGGCGCUUUCUUGGUCAGAAAGGUGGGAGUCCUCAGAAUCAAAGGGUUAGUGUGUAGAGGGAUGAACCUCUGCAGUAGUUUGUUCAUGAUAGGCUGCCAAAGCCUUAGGAAUGGACUCUGCGAUUAGUGGCGAAAAGCCAUUCCUUAAGUUCAGCAGAAAUUGCGGGGUCUUGGCGGUCUGACAUAAUGUCUUUCUCAAUAUAUAAAAAAACUAAGUGAGGGCUGUCAAUUAAAAAUGAGGCAACUCCAUUAGAAUAUCAGAGGUGGGGGUCACCCACACGAGAUGUAAAAACAGUGGGGGGUCACCCACAACUGUCUGGCACAAUAAAUGGUAAAGGGCAAUUAAUGGAGGGUCAUCCAAUAAUUAAAGGUGGUCAACCACUUAGUAUUUCAGAAUAAGCAAUAUAUACAAUAGUCAAUGAAGUGGGGGUCACCCACUGGAGAAUAAAAAAGGGGGUGGAAAUCACCAGUAUAAUUCAUAUAAUAUAUGCAAUGAGAAGGUGGGGGUCACCCACAAAAUAAAACCAGGUGGUGUCAGCCACACAAAUUUAAUGAAUGGUAAUGUAUGUUAAGCAUUCAAUUUAAGGAAAGGGGUUCACCCAGGUUGUAGCAGGUUGGUCCUGUGUGGGGGCAAAACAGAUCGUUCUUAAUGAAAUGAGGCUGAAUCAGUAAUGGUAAAACCUCCCGUCCACAAUAUAGGCAACAGGUGUUCCCACAGAAGCAGUUGAUUGCCAGCGCGCAGAUGCUGUCAGAGACUGGAGCUGCGGGGAAGUGCACCACGGUUGGAAGACGGCCGCCGCAAAUGAAGCCAUCGCAAGAGGGCGGGAAAAAACGCAUCGGAGAGGAAGAAAAGGCGGGAAAAAACAGCCGCGGGCUCAUGGGAAGUAGUCUGCGGCGGGUAAUAGAUAGCGGAUGGGCCGCGGUCUCUUCUGAGGAGAGCCACGGCCAGCUGAUUAACAAGUCAGGCGAAACCUCCGUAUGGGAACAGAUCUCCAGAUAUUUAAAGGAGAAUUAAUUAAUGUAAAAAAUAUUAGUGGAUGUGGUGACUACUACUGAGUUGGUAAUAAGGAAGAUGUGUGAUAUAACAAAGACCAAAUGUGUCCCAUUAAAAAAUAAGGUUUCCUGAGAGAAUAUAAAGGAGUCUGGUGGCACUAUAUUGUUCUGAUGUUUGGUUGAAAUUUUUUUUAUUUUUUUUUUACAACAUUGUUAACUAUUUCUUUGCUGGGAGUUACAGUAAAGAAAUAAGCAAAUAUGAAGCCUCCUGUCUUGCUAUAAAAUUACUUGGCUUGUCGCUAGUAUGCAAAGAAUUUCUAGUUCUUCAAAAUUAUCGACUUUCAUUGGCUUAUUUUUUUUUAAUUUUAGUGGAGGAUGGAAAACAUGGUCUCCAAUGUGGCUGUGUGGAGCAGGCCUUUCUAACAGCACUGUAGGCAUCAUCGGCUUGGGCAGAAUUGGUAACUAUAGCUGCUAUUUUGAUGGGUAAAUCUGUUCUAACAAACUGUAGUUAAUUUCAAGAAGCUUCCUGUAAGUUUAAGUCAAUACCGAACAGUGACUGCAAACACUGGCAAUCUAGUUUGUGUGAGCUUCCUGUGAUGCUUCAGUGUGAAGAAAACAGACUUGAUUUCAGGAUUUCUUCUGUCGUUUGUUUUUAAGCUUUAUUGGUUCGGUAGAUUAAACUACCGAACGCAGACCACCCUCCUGGCCCAUUAUCUACAAAGGGAACCAUCAUUUGAGCGCUCCCUCGGUGGCCACCGUUCAUAGUCAAACAGUGGCCAUCUUGUUUGCACAAAAGGGAGCAGUGGGACUUGUUUGAGUGUCUGGACACUACUUCUCGAACACCGAUGAGAACAUUUGAACACCUUCCUUUUGUUGCCAAACAGUUAGGAGAGCGCUAUUCGGUAGUUUGGCUCCCACAAACAAGGGGAACAAUCGCUUCUAUGAGCUAGGAGGCUCUGUUCAUGGGUUUAUUUUUUAUUUUAUUUUUUUAAUGCACUUUUCCAAAUUGACUGACUGCACACACUGAACUGUUUUGGGCAGGAGCCUCGUGUGGUCGGUGAACUAAGAUUCCACACUUUUUGAGAAUUAAAUGCUUUACAAAUAUGUAAACUGCAUUUUUAGUGUGCAUCUUUAUUUUCUCUAGGAUUGGCUGUAGCAUGUCGUCUUGUCCCAUUUGGUGUGAAAAGGUUUAUAUACACAGAUUUCCAGGAAAUACCUGAAAAUGCCAAGGAGAUAAACGCUGAAUAUGGUAAGAAUAAAUGCUAUAACUGGGAAUAGCAUGGGGAUUUAAGGCCCAUCUUGGAAUCGUAUAAAUACAGCCCUCCAAUGGAUGCCAUUCCAUUGUGACUAGUCAAAAUAUUUUAAGUAUGAUACUCCUCUGGGUGCUUCCAGUCUCGUGUAGAAGUCAGUCCCCUAAGCUUGGUACCCUUCUGUAGAUGAGAUGUUUCUAUAGGGAUUUUAUGCAUUAUCACUUUAUAUAGCUAACUGUAGCUGCAUAUUGGCUUAAAUUAUGUUAAAAGGCCAGAUUUCAGUGACCUUGAUCAACUAAGUAAUGGGGACAACUAGCUAGAGAUGUUUGUGUAUGGCAGCAGCUUGCUCUGGCUGAUUCUACUAAUGUGUGUCAAACUGGUUUUGUUCUCCCCAUCUUUAGUCUCUAAUGAGAAGAUUGCAGAAGAUUCAGACUUUGUCAUUGUGAAUUGCUGCCUUACCCCUGAGACUGAAGGGCUCUGCAAUAAAGACUUCUUUCGGAGAAUGAAAAAGACAGCUAUACUCAUCAACACAAGUCGGUAAGUCUGUGUUCAAACCAAAUGCUAAAAUGCUCUAUGGUGGUCUUCUCCCCGACCCUCUCCCAAACUGAUGCUCUCCGCCUAUCAGAAGGAACACCUUAAGGUUCCCUGCAAGUAAUGUACCGCAGAGGCAACUAGAGCAUCAUCUUUGGGAAUAAACUGGUGGCCUUAUAAAUGCAUAAUGAAACUUGGUGAAACUGCACCUGCAUGAAUGGGCAGACCAACCAGAAGUCGUGACUGGAUUAAGAGCCCAUUGGGCCUAACUACAGAAAAUGGCUAUACCUCCCAAGCGUGUAACUAGUGGAGGUGGUACUGGAGGGACCUCACAGGAUGAAUUUACAAGAAUACAUAUCUUAUGCUAAUCUCUUGCCUUCAUCUUCCAAGUAAAUCCAACACCCUAACAUCAGUGUCCAGUGAAGCAGGAUGUCAGAUGGGUUAAAAGUAUGGGCCACUGACGCAAAUAUUGUAACCAGAACUGCCCUAAGGGGUGUGUCUGCUCAAAGAAUUGGAAGGCCAGCCUGUAUGAUUGGAAGGCAGCCUAAGGACAUACUGUGCAGACAGCACCCUGAGCUCAGCAGAAGCUAUUAGUCUGGGGACCAGGAAAAGUUGUAUGUAGUGAGUGUAGAAGAAAGGGAAAUGAGUGUAGAUAUCGAAGCAGCAAGAAUAGUGCAAAAAGUUCCCCUACAGCCAUACUUCUAGCUGAAAUAAGUGAAUAGUAUAAAACUUUGUGUUUUUGUUUGUUAAAUCAAUGGGCCUGGAGCUGCAGCUCAACUGGACCCUAUGUUAAUCCAACCCUGCCAGUCUAACUACAACUUGCAAAGUCUAAAAUGCAAUUUACAUAACAGAAAAGGCUCCAUCGAAACAGUCUAGUGUCUGGCAAAGCUUGAGCACAAGGUUUUGUAAAGAGAUUUCAAUACUAAUGAAGAAAACUGAUCUCUUAUCCAAUACUAGGAUGUGCAUGGGCAAAAAGUUCAAUUCGAAUUCUGAACUUCGGCAUUUCCCCUAACCCUAGUAGGGUUGGGGUUAGAUUCUUGUCGUCAUUCCCUUAAUUUUCCCUCCCUCUCCUGUUUUGCCACUUUUCAGAAAUUCAGCACUUCUGAAAUUCGGCAAUUUUUUAAGCAUCUGAAAUUCAUCAGAAUUUAAAUUCGGACAAACAAAUUGCACAUGUCUGUCCAUACUACUUCCAGUGGAAGAACGGAGUUUGAAUGAAUGGGCUGUGACUGUUGUAAAUGCUUUUUACUACAGUUCCUCCCCCCAUAACACGCAGGACUUUUAUUUUAUUUUUUGUGGAUCAGGGCAAUGGCCACAACAUUCUUAAAGGACCACUAUAGUGCCCUGAGGGUGCCCCCACCCUCAGGGUCCCCCUCCCGCCUGGCUCUGGAAGGGGGAAAGGGGGAACUUACCUUUUUCCAGUGCUGAGCGGGGAGCUCUCCUCCUCCGUUCUUCCCCGGCGGCUGAAUGCACACGCGCGGCAGGAGCUGCGCGCAUUCAGCUGGUCGCAUAGGAAAGCAUUAUCAAUGCUUUCCUAUGGACGCUUGCAUGCUCUCACUGAUUUUUCACAGUGAGAAUCACACAAGCGCCUCUAGCGGCUGUCAAUGAGACAGCCACUAGAGGCUUUCUCUGAAACUGCUAUGUUUAUAAAAGAAUGGGUUACGCCUAGCUGGACCUGGCACCCAGACCACUUCAUUAAGCUGAAGUAGUCUGGAUGCUUAGAGUGGUCCUUUAAACCCUGUCAGCUGCUGGGUGAGAGUCCUACAAUCUCUCAAAGAGCCCAACACAGCUGUCACUAGCCACAAUCUGCAAUGUGCUAGCUAUAGUCUUCCCAAGGUGACACUACAUCUUACUCACUUUGGCUGCACUGUCCAGCAAUCCCACCUGCUGUGAUAGAGAAAAAGCAGAGCGAUGACACACCAUAAUUCCCCCAAAAUAUGACACCACUUCCCUAAGCAUUCUACAGAUUGCCACCUAAACUGCCUGCUCAUCUCCCUUAUCCUUCCCCCUAGUCUGCCACCUCAACUGCCUAAUUCAUCUCCAGAUUGCCACCUAACCUACACAAUCUCUUCCCAGCCUUUUUGCUCUUCUCUCAGCCAUCCACCUCACUGUCACACCACACAUGAUUGGCUGCAGUGCACAUGUGGUAAGCCAAUCCCCUGCGCAGGCACACAUGCACACUUAAUCAAAAUAAAGACUCUGCACUCAAACAUACAAACUACAUCCCAGCACACAUGCGCUGCAUCCCCUAGAAACACAGAAUCUCUAGCACACACAAUUAAUUUGCUACACCCUACAAACCCUGUCACAUUCUACAUCUCAAACACACUGCAUCCUCAGCACAUGCAAUAUUCCUUACAAAAUGUCUCCUAUUCACACAGUGAAGGAAACACUCACACUACAUAUUCCAAAUGGCAGAAACAAAUGCUGGCCAUCCAAAACAGCACUUAAGAUACCAAUUGUGUAAAUGUGCACAGUGGAAGUUUGGGCUGGUUUUUGAAUGUCACAAACUUAAAAAAAAAAAAUUCCUUCCAGGUAUGUUCUGUAUGGUGUCCACACAGCAAUAUUACAAUAUGCCUUAUGCAGGGAAGCAUCAAAUCCCAUACUGCCCUGUUAUGCACUUUUAGCCACAUGCUUUGCACACAAAUGAUCUGUUCUGUAGUACUUAUAUUAAACAUUGUAAAUAACAAGUCUAUGUAUAUGAACCAUAAAGAUGGUUUGUAAUGUCUACAUUUGAGUUGCUGAUCUUCUAUCCUCCCUACCCAGAGGUCCUGUAGUAAACCAAGAAGAUCUUCAUGAUGCCUUGACAAGUGGGCAGAUUGCAGCUGCUGGCCUGGAUGUUACAACUCCUGAACCUAUUCCGACAGAUCAUCCCCUACUCAGCCUGAAAAACUGUGGUAUGUGUUUUUUUUUUUUUUCGUUUUUUUUUAAACUUUUAAUGGCUUUGUCUUUCUAAGUGGAGUAGUAUUUACAACCUGCUUGUGUCAAGAUAUUUUCUGUGUUCAAUACAGAAUUAUCAUACUGUAGUUACACCUUGUUUGGUGGGGGGAAAUAGAAUACAGGUUACAAAGCAAUUCUGCAGCAGUCAAUCUAUUUAUGGAAACAUGUCAAUGUAAAAUAAAGUUUAAUUUGAAAGCUGCUGUAGGAGACCCCUAAUAUUGUUUGAUGUGGACAUUGCUGGGAUUUGAAGGAAUAGGACAACCAUAUGUAGAAUAAAAGCACUGGCUGUAAUGAGAUCCAUUAAUAUAUGGAGACAAACUUGGUGCCCAGACAGUUGGCUUUAAUGUAAGCAAUUCUAGUUUAAUUUUUGAAAAGGUAAAUGAGAAUUGCAUAUGCAAAAAGGGUGGGAAAUGCUUCCUCAACCCAUUGUAAUGAUGGAUUAAAGGACUGCAUGCACUUAUUUGUGCAAAAUACACAUCUCAUAUCUCCAUAUUCUGGCUAACUUGUUCUGUUCUUCACAGUGAUUUUACCUCAUAUUGGAAGUGCCACUCUCGACGCAAGAAACGCAAUGUCUGUCCUGACCGUAAACAAUCUGCUGAAAGGCCUAGCUGGAGAGCCAAUGCCCUGUGAAGUAAAACUGUAACAAUGUCAGGACAAACUUCCAUCCCUAGAAAAUGACUUUCCAAGACGUUCUGCACUACGCCAUGCUCACAAUUAAAC